CUAUGAAUCAUCACUUGUUUACUUCAGUUUCUCAUUUACACCAUCUUCUUUCCUAUUCCAAACUCCUCUACUCCAAAACCAUAAAUUCAGAACAAUUAAUCUUUUCUUCAGCGGCUUUUCUUAGUGCAAGAAUGUCUUUCAACAACAGUGAAGUGAGGAAGAAUAAGUUUCUGUACAGGGACAACCGGGGAAUCAAGAAGAAAAGCCGAAGAGAGACAAAGCUAAUUGGCAUGGAGAGCAUUCAGGGUGGUGAAAGAUCUCUUGCUCAUGCAACGGCUUCCACCCAACAUAGUCUUCCAUCAAUGGAAGAGGAAGUAGUUGGUUUUGAGGAGGAUGCAAAAAGCAUAAUUCAACAAUUGACUGGAGGAACAAAGGAACUAGACAUUAUCUCGAUUGUUGGAAUGCCAGGACUCGGCAAAACCACUUUGGCUAGAAAGGUGUUUAAUCAUUUUAUUGAUAAUAGACACUUUGACGUUAGAGCAUGGUGCUCUAUUUCAAAAGAAUAUAGCUCGACGAAGGUGUUCUCUGAGAUUCUUAAACAAAUGAAGACAUACCUCACAAGUUGCGAAAGAGUCUAA